UUGAUAUAUUCGACAUGCCACAUUUGGGCCCUCGACAUCGAGCCAACCUUGGACUGUUGCCAGCAUCGAGCACGUCGAUUUCAUUUACCAACUUGGAUGCUGCGCCACCUUGUCCAGCAGUACAAGGCGCUCGAGCACAACGUGCGCCUCACGUACGUGUAUACGGUGUUCUUCUGGUCCUCCCGCAGCAUCAUCUUGGACCAAGUUCUUGCCGGGUACAUCUAUGUCUUGACGGGGUCGAACGAGCCGGUCGGGAUGGUCACGGGGAUCAAUGGCCUCGUGCGCAUCCUCGUCACGUUUCCUGCCGGCUACGCCUCGGAUCGGUUUCGCCGCGACACAGUGCUCAAGUUCGCCGGCGGACUCGGCCUCCUCUGUGCCAUGUUGAGUGUGUCGGCGUAUAUUUCAGUAUGGUGUCUGGCCCUCCUGUGUAUAGUCUAAUCUUGCGAUGGUCCAGGGCCACAUGGUCCUCCUUUACGUGGCGUACGCGUGCUGGGGCGGGUACUUUGCGAUCCAGCGCCCGGCCACGGAAGCCCUCUUCGCUGACUCCAUUCCCAACGGCCAGCGCGAAGGCCCGAUGACGAUCAAGUACAUUCUGAUGAACGUCGCGGGGGCGCUUGGCCCGAUUGCAAGCAUCGUGUUCUUCUAUCUGUAUGGCGAUUCAUGGUCGCUUUCGGGGCUCGAAAUCGUGCUCUGUGGGGGCAUGGUCGUGGGGCUUCCAGGCUUGAUCGUGCUCUUUUUCUUCAACGACGACCUCGCGUACGAGAACAGCACGCGGCGCGCGGAGCGGUUGUCGGUUGUAGAAGAUGGCGAGCUGUCCGACAUCGGCGACGAUCGAUCUGCGACGAAAGAACGAUCUUUGCUGUUGCAAAACGACGACGAGUCUGCACUUGGGGACACUGUCAACACGUUUUACUGCCUCGGGCCGCGGCACAUCCCCACCAUUUUGUUUGUGACGGACUUUAUCAUGUACAACGGCGGCGGCAUGUCCAUCAGCUUCUUUCCGCUCUUUUUUCAAAACGAAUAUGGGCUCACCCCCGCCCAAGUCAACACGUUAUUCGUGAUUCAACCGGCGCUCAUCGUGCUCCUCACGUCCGCCGCCCAGCGCUAUUCUGCGUACGUCCGCCCAUCCAUCGUCAUGCGCUUCGUCAGCAUAUCGGAAGGCGACGUUGGCCGUCCGCUUCGACGUGCUAACGGAUGUGUUGCUCGCAGGAGGUUUGGCGAUAUCGAGUCGGUGGUGGUGACGCGGAUAUUCGCGUCGAUGGUGCUCUUGUCCAUUUCGUACGCUCGAGAUCACGCUUUUCUUGACUCGGUACAACGUUCGUCCUGAGUGUCGUCGGGCUGAACACUGAGAGAUGGCGUUAGAACUGCAUUCAUGCGGUGUUCGGCGCCAAUCCGCGCGUCCAUCCUGAUGGACCACGUCCCGAAAGCAUGGCGCGGGCGGUGGAAUGCGCUGGAAGGGCUGACGAUGUUCUGCUACUCGGGCAGUGCCAUGGCCGGUGGUUUCAUGAUUGAGCGCUACGGCUACCGGUUCUGCUUCUUUGUCACGUCGUUGAUCUUUAUGGCCGGGCUCAUGCUCGAGCUCGUCCUCUUGCCCAUCAUUCGCAACGAGCGCAAGCUCAAGAAUCGCGGGACCCACUUGCCAUCGGUUGCUCACGAGGGACGCCGCUGACAACAUGGCCCACGAUAAUCCAACUGGUCCCCAUGCCAACAUGUUCGAUCGCAUGACGCGAACUAGUUAAACGUACACAACAGCACCUCGUUGACUCCGGCCUUGCUCGUCACAGCGGCGUCACCUUCCUCGUGCUGCAUGCUCAAAAAUCGCACCGUGGAUCACGCAAUAGACAGCGACCAUAGGCCGGUUGAAUGUACUCGCAAACGUCCUGGAGCGGCCGCUUCGGUUCAUCAUGUCCCGCUUUCAGCCUUACUGCGGGACGAACCAGACUACCCCAACGACUCGGACGACGUGCGGUAUCACUUGGGCACGGUGUCCCAUCUCUCGAUGCGGAGCGGCAAAGAUGUGCAAGUACGUACCUCAACGAGCACAUUCGUCUUCCACCGCUGCAUCGUCAGCGACACGGCACACUGCGACGUUGCCCGAAAGAGGAUUGAGCCUGAAUACAUGUACCAAGGCGAAUGCUAGGCCAAUCUUGCGCCCGCAAGUUCGUGUGGAUGUGGCAACACAGCGAUGAAACACGAAGGAGGUGCGAAUCUGAAUACCUCGACGAAUUUUAGCCACAAGGACGCGCCGAUCUUGCGCCGGCAAGUUCCUGUGGAAACGGCGGCGGCCAUCAUGGCCACAGUGGGCG